AUGGGUGGAUCAACCCAUUUCUCUGUUUUCUUACUCGUCGCAAUAAUUUUACUCUGUUCUUCCAGCAAAACUGCAAAUGCAACUUGCUAUGCUAGUGAGAAACAAGCUCUUAUGGACUUCAAGAAAGACUUGAAAGAUCCCUAUGGUAGACUCUCGUCUUGGAUUCACGACGUUGAUUGCUGCAAAUGGGAAGGAGUUGUUUGUAGCAACCGAAGUGGCCGCGUGAUUCAACUUCACCUUCAGAGUCCUGUUCGUGAAAUUGAUGAUUUUGGUGAUCCUGAAUUUCAAGAUGAGAUUGUUGUUGAAUCACCAUUAAGUGGUAAAAUCAGUCAUUCGUUACAAAAUUUGACUCACUUGCGUUACCUUGAUCUAAGUCUAAAUAAUUUCAGUGGAAUUCCAAUUCCCAGUUUUUUUGGGUCUCUCAGAAGUCUAAGGUAUCUGAAUUUAUCUGGAGCUGGAUUUCAAGGAAUGGUUCCCUAUCAGCUCGGAAACCUGUCAAGUUUACGUACUUUAAGCUUAGGAGGCGAUUUUCAAGUUGGCGAAGAACUUUUUCUGGCGUCCGAUCUUCAAGUUGAUAACCUGCAAUGGUUGGCUGGUCUCUCUAAUCUGGAGCACCUAGACAUGAGUGUCGUGAACCUUAGUACGGCAUCGAAUUGGCUAGAGGUGAUUAACACGAUCCCUUCUUUGGUAGAGAUACAUUUGCCCGCUUGUCGACUUGAUUUAAUUUCUCAUCAACUUGGCAGAGAUACGUUUCUCUUCCAUGCCAACUUUUCUUCUCUUACUGUCCUCGAUCUUUCUACAAAUUUUUUUGCAUACGUCCCUAGAUGGAUUUUCGAUCUUACUGCCCUUGCUUAUCUUGAUUUACAUGAUAACUCGUUUGAAGGCCCAUUGCCCAGAGAUCUCUGGAACUUGACUUCCCUCAAACUCUUGGAUCUUUCUGGAAACUAUCUGAAUGGUUCAGUACCAGAUGAGCUUAUUCAUCUUAAUAAUCUCAUUUCUCUCAACCUUCGUGGAAUCGAUUCGAAGUUUCGAGGUUCUAUCCCAAGCUCUAUUGCCAACAUUUCAAACCUUCAAUAUCUUGAUCUGUCUCGUAACAACCUUAGCUCCUCUUUACCAAGUGAAGUAUUCACAUCGAAGGACUUGAUUACACUUGCUGCAAAUAGUAAUCAGUUAAAUGGUCCAAUUCCAAGCACAGUUGGCAACUGUACCAAGCUCGAAAUGCUUUGGCUAGGUGAUAAUGCUCUGUCUGGCUCAAUUCCAUCACAUUUAGGAAGAUGUACCAAGCUAGAAGACCUUUCGCUAAAUGAUAAUGCUCUAUCUGGCUCAAUUCCAUCAAAUUUAGGAAAACUGUCAUCCUUGGAGUUCUGGGAUGCAUCUCACAACAAACUCACUGGAACUCUUCCUGAAAGUCUUUGGCAGCUUUCCAAACUUGAAGAGCUUGGUAUUGCUGAUAAUUUAAUAGAAUGUAUCGUGAGUGAGAGCCACUUCAACAAUCUGACAGUUUUAAGGUAUUUUUAUGCAUCUGGAAAUUCCUUGACCUUAAAAGUAAGUGCGAGUUGGACUCCUCGUGCCCAAUUUGAAAUACUUGAAUUGGGCUCGUGGAUCAUCAUGGGAGUAAGAAUAGAAGUUUAA